UGAUAAUUCAACAACUAUUCCCAACUAAACACCAAAACUCAAACCAAACAAAGUAACAAUCUCGGCGACCCAAAAUUCCCUUUAUUCAAUUGUUAUGAUUUCCGGACAAAAGAUCCCUAAAAAACCCCACUCUUUACAGCCGCUUCUCUCUCGAUCUCACUCCCUCUCUGGAUCUCAUUCCAUCGCACUCUUUCUUUCGAUCGAGCCACUCUCAAUCUCGUUGACCUUCUUGCUGCUUUCAUGCGCGUUCUCUCAAUCGGGUCAUCGACAUUCUCCCCUCCCAAGUCUUCUUCCCCGAUCGAUUUCAGUAAAACCCUCAAAACUUUACUGGUUCUUACUUCAUCGCCGGUCAUGAUCAAGGUUCAAGUGAAUGAAAGGUACCUUCAAAUUUACCUCUUAAUCCUCUGUCUUCUCAUCUCCUUCAUCCAUCAAACCACAGUCUCAUUCGAUUCAGACCCUUUAGUAAAAGGUCGUUCCCCUGUUCAUCACUUCACCUCUCUCCAAUCUGCAGGUGUUAUUUUCCUGUUUCUCAUUCUCUCUCUAACUCUCCUCAUCUCAGAAACCACCUCUCUCCUCCCUUUCCCACCCGAUCUCUUCUUUGGAACUGCAUCUGCUCUCUUCUUCCUUCAAUACUCCACUUCUUCAUCUUCAGCCUCCUUACAAAUGUCUGAUCUUGAAGCAAAAUGUGACUCAGUUUCAGCCAUGAUUUCAGCUAUCUCUGCUGUGCUCUGUAUCAUACUUGCAUGCCACCCGAGACUCUUUGUUGCUGACGUGGCACUUGGGGCUUCGAUUUGUUUACAAGGGUUAUGGUCUUUGCAAACAGGGCUUUCUUUAUAUGUGGAUGCUUUUAUACCAGAUGGAUGCCAUAAGCUUCUUGAUGUUGUGAGUGGAGUUGAAGGGUCAACAAAAUGUGAUCUUGAAGAUUCUAAGUUGAGAGCUACUGCGAUUCUUGAUCUUGUGUUUGUGGUUUAUGUGUUGUUUGUGGUUCUGAUUUUGAUUGUGACUUAUGCUGUUACUGCUAAAGUUGUUGGAGUUAGGAGAUUUGGGAGUUAUGAGGCGAUUCCAACAUCAUCUGGAUCUUCUGUUGCUGAUCCUAAUCAUAUUCAGAUGAAGGCAUUGACUGGAACUCAAGCUUGA